AUGGAGGAGAACAGGUGGUUUUUGUCCAUCAUUCAGGAUGAGUUCAGGACUGGGAAGAUUGAUUUAGACAGCACAAUGAAGCUGCUUGAAAAACUACAAAUGCCUUUUGAUUAUGCACACAUAAAACAUAUUUUCAAGAAAACAGUUGAUAAACAGAAGACACAUACAAUUAAUAUAGAAGACUUCAGGGCAAUUUAUCGAACUAUUGCACACAGACUUGAAUUUCGGGAACUUUUCCAAAUUUACUCUCAAAACAGAAAAACUUUAUCUACCCCUGAGCUCAUUGAAUUUCUCAAAAGAGGACAAGAUGAAACUGAAGCUUGUGAAAUAGCUGCCUUAGAAAUUAUUUUGAAGUAUGAACCCAUAGAAGAAGUGAGGAAAAGAAAAGAGAUGUCAUUUGAAGGAUUUCUACGGUACAUGAACUCAGAACACUCUUCAGUAUUUAAAAACAAUCACAGGAGUGUCUACCAAGAUAUGAAUCAACCAUUAUGUGACUAUUUUAUUUCAUCUUCUCACAACACUUAUUUGAUAUCUGACCAACUCGUAGGACCCAGUCAUUUAUGGGGUUAUACCAGUGCUCUCUUAAAAGGAUGUCGUUGCCUGGAAAUUGACUGCUGGGAUGGCUCAAACAAUCAACCUAUUGUGUAUCAUGGUCACACUUUAACAAGCAAGAUUCUGUUUAGUUCUGUAAUUCAAGUAAUAGAGAAGUAUGCAUUUGUGGCAUCUGACUAUCCAGUUGUACUGUCUUUGGAGAACCACUGCAGCCCUAAGCAGCAGGAAGUAAUGGCAGACUAUUUAGAAGAUAUCCUAGGUGAUAAACUUCUUACCUCAACAAUUGGUGAUGCAGUGGUGACUAAACUACCUUCUCCUGAGGCAUUAAAAUACAAAAUUCUGGUAAAAAAUAAAAAAAUUGAAACAAUUGAGGAAAGUAUGGUCAGGAGAGAUCUUGACAGUAAUGAUGAGGCAGAGGAAGUUUCUGAAUCUGAAACAUCUGAUGAAGAUGAUGAUAGUGAUGAAGAAGCUCCUCUUUAUCCAAGGACUUAUUCCCCCAAAAGAAAAAGUGAUCGAAGAUCUUCACCACCUCGAAAAAAGGCAAAGGUGAAGAAGAUAAAAAUUGCCCUUGCUUUGUCAGACCUUGUGAUUUAUACCAAAUCUGAGAAGUUUGUGAGCUUUGCACGUUCCUUAGCUAAACAGAAAUGCUAUGAAAAUAAUUCAAUUGGAGAGCUUCGAGCAAGAAAAUUUGUAAAACAUUCAGCUAGAGAUUUUAUUUCACACACUGCAAGAUUCAUUACAAGAAUUUACCCCAAAGGAACAAGAGCGACCUCUUCAAACUAUAAUCCCCAAGAGUUCUGGAAUGUGGGAUGUCAAAUGGUGGCCCUAAACUUUCAGACACCAGGAUUACAAAUGGAAUUGCAAAAUGGAAAAUUCCUAGACAAUGGUGGUUGUGGUUAUAUUCUGAAGCCAGAAUUCUUGAGAAAUCUCAAUUCAACUUUUACCCCACACAGUGUGGGCACAUGUAGUAAAUCAAUAUCUUUGUCUAUAAAGCUCAUCAGUGGUCACCAGUUACCACCCAGUACCCUGUCGAAGACUAACAAAGCUGACCCUUUAGUGCAGAUAGAAAUUUACGGUGUGCCUGCAGAUCAAGCAAAAAAAAAAUCUAGUGUUGUAAAAAGCAAUGCUUUGAGCCCUAGAUGGGAUGAAACUUUCUCUUUUACUAUCCAAGUUCCAGAAUUGGCACUAAUACGUUUCUGUGUGAAGGAUGAAAUAUCUCUAGUUUCAAAUGAAUUCCUUGGUCAAUACACUCUGCCAGUCCAGAGCCUUAAUAAAGGUUACCGUAACAUUCCCCUGUUGUCCAGAGAUGGUAGCAAACUUGAAGCUGCAUCACUAUUUGCUCAUAUCUGGUACUAUUAA